AAACUAAAGUACAACACCUGAUGAUAUCAUAGCUCUCCUCAUGCUCGAAGCUUCUACUCUGACCACCUCAUUUCAACACGUCUGAAAAAUCCAAUCCAAUCCAAGAACAACCAACGCUCUUUCAAUGGCGGCCACCACCAUAAAUCUUUAAUCUUUAAUCUUUAAUUCUUCACCUGUGACCUCUGUUUUUCAUUUCCAAACUCAAUGAUGCCAAGCCUAAGCUUGCAGCUGCAGAGCUUGUUCUUCAAGUACCACCUCCGCCACCAACUACAGACUCUAACCCAAACCCAAGAAGAGACCCGCGACCAAUUCGGCACCACUUCCCGACCCGACCACCCGUCCGUUCCCGCCAACCCGACUUUCCAAAACGGCGUCGCCACCAAGGACCUCCACAUCGACCCCUUAUCCUCUCUCUCCCUCCGCAUCUUCCUCCCCGAAACAGUCCUCCCCAAAGACUCCACCUUUGGCUCCGAUGGCGUCGUCUACGGCGGAUACUCUCCCCCGAUCGGAAAGCGCCACCGCAAGCUGCCGAUUAUGCUGCAGUUCCACGGCGGCGGCUUUGUCAUCGGGAGCAACGGCACGGCGUGUAACGAUGCGUUUUGCAGGAGGAUGGCGAAGCUGUGCGACGUGAUUGUGGUGGCGGUGGGUUAUAGGCUGGCGCCGGAGAGUCCGUACCCGGCGGCGUUUGAGGAUGGGAUGUUGGUGUUGAACUGGCUGGCCAAGCAGGCCAACUUGGCGGCGGUGAGAAAUCGCAAUGGGAGGAAGGGAAAUGGUUCUGGUAUUUUCGAUAGCUUUGGGUCGUCCAUGGUUGAGCCUUGGUUGGCUGCUCAUGGAGAACCUUCUAGGUGUAUACUCCUCGGAGUGAGCUGUGGUGCUAACAUAGCAGAUUAUGUAGCUCGGCAGGCUGUGGAAGCGAGCAGCCUCUUGGAUCCUCUAAAAGUGGUAGCUCAAAUCCUGAUGUACCCUUUCUUCAUUGGAAGCGUUCCUAACAAGUCCGAGAUUAAGUUGGCAAAUUCCUACUUUUAUGACAAGGCUACUUGUAUGAUGGCAUGGAAGCUAUUUCUACCCAAGGAAGAGUUUUAUUUAGACCACCCAGCUGGCAACCCUCUCGUUCCUGGGAGAGGGCCGCCCUUAAAGACCAUGCCUCCCACACUUACAAUUGUUGCAGAGCAUGAUUGGAUGCGUGACCGGGGAAUUGCUUACUCAGAAGCAUUGCGGAAGGCUAAUGUGGAUGCACCUCUUCUUGAGUACAAGAAUGCUGUUCAUGAGUUUGCUACUCUUAAUGUGCUCCUCCAGACACCCCAGGCCCUGGCUUGUGCUGAUGAUAUCACAAUAUGGGUCAAGAAGUAUAUAUCACUCAGAGGUGGUGAGUUUUCUUAUUGAUUUGUACAGAGAAAACAUAGAAAAGAAUGUCGAAGCUUGAGGAAGCACAUUUAUCAGCUUUGGAAGAACUUUUCGGUGUACAGCAUGAUGUUACUUCCAUUUGUUGGGAUCUCUGUAGUGGUCCACUCUGCUCUUCACUCAACAUAGCUGUAGUUUUUUGCCUGAACAUAUAUUGCCUUUGGUAGGAUUUGUAAAUGUUCAUUAGCUCAAUUUUGACAUGUAAUAUAGUGAUGCCUGGCAUGAAACUUAUUCAAAUUUUUUAUUCUUUCAUUCUAAUAAUAAAGAUCAGUUCUGUUUCAUGCUC